AUGUUGGACAAUCCUUCUCGUACCAUAUGUGACUUCAUACCGCUCCUUGGCCGAAAUGGGUCCGAUCCGAUAUUACAAGAGGCCAUCACAAGUCUGCCGUACCAGGUCAAAGAGGGCAGCGGUGGGCCAGUCGUCACCUUUGAGACGCGCGGGAAGAAAGGUUCAUUAACGGUGGAGCGAGCCGCAGGUAUCUUGAUGAGUAACCUGAGGGACACCGCUGCAAAAAUAAUUGGCGAUGACGUCCGGCACGCCGUGGUUGCAGUGCCGACCAGCUUCAACAACCGCCAGAAAGAAAGUCUCAAGGCGGCCGGUCACACGUACCACCUGAACGUGCUACGAACUGUCAGCGCCUCAACAGCCGCAGGCAUCGCGUACGAGCUGGACAGCAAGAACGGCGAACGCAAUGUGGUUGUCCUCGACAUGGGUGCCAGCAAGUCCGAAGCGACUGUGCUCAACAUCGACCAAGGGGUUUUCGAGCCUUUGACAACAGUGUCUAUACCGAUGGGCGGGCACCAGUUGAACAAGAAGUUCGCGCAACUCAUUGCCGCCGGAUGUGCUGAAGAGGGAGUCAUCCUCGAUCAGCAGGCGCUGGCCGAGCUAGAAAAGGACAUCGAGGCUGCGAAGAGAUCAUCGCUUGGACUUGGACCUGGUGACUACUGCACCGUCACUAGUUGUCACGAGAAGUGUCCUGGUCUGCGUCAGCAAAUCAAAAUGAAGAAGCAGGUCAAUGACGGCAUGGAUGAAUUCAUCUCUACCGCCGUACUCGAACCUCUGAAGCGGGCACUGAAGAAUGCGAAUAUGAAGUUGGAAUGGGAAUCGAGCAAUCCCUGGUUUCAAAGGGCCGGCGUACCCUAUAUACCGUCAGACAUCAUCGAUGUCGAGAGUUUCGUUCCCAUUGGCGGUUUUAGCAAAAUGCGAACGGGUCCUGGGGACUUCGACGUGGAUGAAGCUGUUCUAAAAGGGGUGGCCAUGCAAGCUAAAGUGCUCACAGAGUAUGAUGACAACGAUGGUUGCAGGUUGUUCGAUGUGAAUAUGCUCAGUCUCGGUCUGGAAACAGGAGAGGGGUACAUGCGCAAGAUUGUUCCGCGCAAUAUGCCGAUUCCCACCCGCAAGAGACAGGAUUUCACCACGGCUUACGAUAACCAAGAGUCCAUGCUCAUCCGUGUGUUUGAAGGCGAACGUAGGAUGGCUAGGGACAACUUGCUCCUGGGAGAGUUUGAGUUGACGGGCAUACCUCGAGCACGUCGACAUGUCCCUCGGGUUGAAGUUGCUUUCGAGGUUGAUGCCGACAACAAACUUCGUGCUACUGCUCAGUAUAGGGAGUUCGAAGAAACUGGGCCGGUCGGCGUACCGACCAUGGAGCGCUACGUCGAGUUUGUGGAGGGGGCUAUGGACAGAGGAGACGUUAUCGAUCCGCCCGGAGCUACCGAUGACUGGAAAGAAGAAGCUCGCGGUGUCGUCCAGGCUACAAGAGAUUGGCUGGCCCGCGACUCUGCGACGGCCUCGAUGGCGGAUUUCGACCGAGAGAAGUCAAAGCUGUGGGACGUGGCGCGCAAGUUGCUGAGUUAUGAUCCUGUCGGCAGGGUGUACAUUGUUGGUAGUAAGAUGCAGCGUGACAGAGUACAGCAUGAUGAGCUUUGA